AUGGGUCGCCGUCCCGCUCGUUGCUACCGUUACUGCAAGAACAAGCCGUUCCCCAAGUCCCGCUACAACCGCGGUGUCCCCGACCCCAAGAUCCGUAUCUACGACCUUGGUCGCAAGAAGGCUUCCGUCGAUGACUUCCCCUUCUGUUGCCACCUCGUCUCUGACGAGUACGAGCAGCUCUCUUCCGAGGCUCUUGAGGCUGCCCGUAUUUGUGCCAACAAGUACAUCGUGAAGAACGCCGGAAAGGAGGCGUUCCACCUUCGUGUCCGUGUCCACCCCUUCCACAUCAUCCGUAUCAACAAGAUGCUUUCGUGCGCUGGUGCAGACCGUCUGCAGCAGGGUAUGCGUGGAGCUUGGGGUAAGCCUUACGGAUCCGUCGCCCGUGUCAACAUUGGCCAGAUCCUCAUGUCCAUCCGUUGCCGUGACCAGCACAAGGCCGUCAUCAUCGAGGCCCUCCGCCGUGCUCGUUACAAGUUCCCCGGUCGCCAGAAGAUUAUCAUCUCCAAGAAGUGGGGUUUCACCUCGCUCGACCGCGCCGACUACGAGGAGCUCAAGCGCCAGAAGCUCGUCGUCAACGACGGUGCCUACGUCCAGUUCCUCAAGCCCAAGGGCCCCAUCGAGGACUACUUCCGCAUGGCUUCGCGCGCUUAA